GCAAUUCAAACAGGCUUUUUUCACACAAUACAUACCAGGACCGAGAGAGCCGCCGCCUGUACACUCUUGCACAUGGAUUAUCAAAAAAAGAAAAUGACGUAAUAUUUUGGAUAAUUCGGCUGUUAAAACAUUAACCACGUACAACUUUCAAAUUAUAAACAUUGGAUAUAAGAAAAACAUUGAAUAAAGUGUUACAUUUACAACUUUUUUUGUUUUGUUUGUUUGAUUUAAAAAAAAAAAACACGGACUGAGAGAAAGAAUUUGACAAAAAGAAACAUUGCAAAAUAUGUCAAAAAACGGUCUAGAUGCUAUUUGUGCCAAAUUGCAAAAGAACGCUGUUAAGAAGGAAGUUGAAAGGGAUUAUAAUUUUAACGAAGCGCCUACUAAACAGGAAAAAUCCGACAAGAAAAAGAAUAGAAGAAAAACUACUGUUCCUAGGUGUUUAAUACCUUCUCAGGAUGAUAACUAUCGAUUCCAACAUAAUGAAAAUACUGAUUAUGACGAUUCGGAGAGUUUAAGUGAAUUCGGAGUAAAUUCUGUCAAGGAUUCCAUAAAUGACCUUGAAGUUUCGUCAGGUGAAAAGAUGUCUGAAGGUGCUUCAUCUCAGGACGAAAACGAUAAUGAACUACGUUUUGGAGCAGCUGGACAAGAUUUUAAGGAAAUGGCCGAGUUUACUGUUUCUGAAUUCCUUAAAAAGUAUGGAUUUGCUGUAGACUCGUCUAGUUCAGCAGCAGCAGCUAUGAAUUUAAAUAGGAUAGAAGAUCAAAAGACAAUUAAGCAGCCAAUUAUGAAAAUGGAAAUAGAUGACCAAGAAUGGCAAAAGGACGACGAUACGGAAAAUUCCGGUUCUGAACGAUCCAAGUCUCCUAACAGUUCGAGAGAUCUUGAUAAUUAUUUCAAGACAAUUUAUAGGCCUGAGGAAAUUGAACAGAAAAAUAGUUUAAUGCCAGAUUAUAGUCGAUACGUUACAAGAUACGAAUCGGGAAAAUUAUGCGGUCGUACCGAGUGUAUUCCACUUAAAGAACAUUUUCAUUGUAAUUCCUGCAAAGAAGAGGAUGCUAAUGAAUUUAACGAUGGUAUCGAGAGUGGCGACUCUGCUGAUCGAAUAUUUUUGAAGAAGGAAGAAAUGAUACGUCAUUUUAAAUGGCAUAAGAAGAGAGAUGAAAUUCUCAACUUUGGUUUCCUUCGUUAUUCUCCAGUCGACGAUUGUACAAGACGAUUUGAAAAAUUGCAACCUUGCAUUCAUAAAGGUCGACAAACUCACUAUCAUUGCCUUCAUCCCUCUUGUACUAAAGUUUACAUUUCGACAAGUGACGUUCAGAUGCAUUCAAACUUUCAUAGAAAAGAUUCGGCUAUUCUACAAGAGGGCUUUCAAAGAUUUCGUGCUACAGAAGAUUGUGGAAUGCCCUCUUGCGCCUUUAAAGGUCAUAGAACAACUCAUUUCCAUUGUCUCCGAGAAGGCUGCGGGUUCACAUUUAAAAACAAGGCCGAUAUGGAAAAGCAUAAGGUUUACCAUCAAAAGGAUGAAAUUCUUUCGAGAGAUGGAUUCAAGAAAUUUAUGAAGUACGAAAAUUGUGGAUUCUCCGAGUGUAAAUAUUCAAAAGUAAUAAACCACAUUCAUUGUAUCCGUCCGGGUUGCGAUUACAUUCUUCACUCGACUGGCCAGCUAUACUCUCACAAACGUAAACACGAACGAAAUGAAGAAAAAACUGACGAAGAAGAACAAUCUACCAAUAAUCCUUCGUCCAAACAGAAUAAUGAAACUACUUCACCACCACCACUACAGCCUCCAGCUCAUCAACCAUCUCAAUCUCUCCUUUCAACCCUUCAAAUGGGACUAUUUCCUAUGCUCAAUAUCGAUAAUAGCGAUAAAAAACCAAACCUCUUAGCAAACUUAACGCUUCCUGUUCAAAUUCCCAAUCUCAAUAGCAUUAGCCCAAGCCAUUUUCAACAACAACAGCAUCCAAAUAAUACAGCCGGGAUUAAGGGAAUAUCGGGAGAACAAAUGACAAAAAUAUCGAAAAAGCUUAUCUCUUCCAAUGCCGGUUUAAAUGAUUCGCUAACCUUGCCAAUUGAUACGUUAAAAGACAGCAAAGGCGACUCAGAUUUAUCAAUUAAAGCAGUUAUUCCUAAUAUAAAGACAAUACCCUCUAUAAAUGAAAAGAAGGAGAAGAAUGAAAAUUGGAAAAAGUAUUUAGCAAGAUAUACGGCAAAUGAUAAAUGUACAUCAAGAUGCGAAUAUUUAUAUAAAGACCAUUAUCAUUGUUUAACUCCUUCUUGUGGUCAAAUUUUUAGAAGUAAAGAUGGCGUUAGGGAACAUGCUAGGCUGCAUGAAAAUCAAGAUGUUAUUACUAGUAUGAUUUUUCAACAUAUUCUUCCUGGUUCUCCUUGUUCUUUUGAAGACUGUCAAGUUAACGAGGAGCAUUAUCAUUGUCAACACAAUCGGUGUAAUGAAAUAGUCAAGUCAGCCGGCGAUGUUUUUGCCCGAUUGGAUCAUUAUAGGAUGCACGAUGCUUCUUCAUCUCGUUCAGGCCGUAGGAAUACACUAAAAGAAUCUUCCAAUUCCCGUAGAAGGGGUAGACCCCCAAAAUAUCCAAAGAGCGAAAUACCCCAAGUUCCCAGAGUUCCCACCAAAUCCGAUCUUCAGUGGCUGAAUGACGCUAGAAAUCCUGGUGUGGCUCCUUGGAUUCGAUCUGGCUUUGAGAAAUUCGUGAAAGGGGGAUCAUCGUGUCCCGACUAUAAAUGUCCCUAUCACAAUAUAGAACAUUACCAUUGCGUCAGAGAGAGAUGCUUUACGGCUGUCGAUAGAUUUGACGUUUUAGAUUUACAUGCAAAGACUUUCCACGGUCAGGUCAUUAUUCAAGAAGGAUUCGAGUAUUUUGAUAGAUCAGUUGAUUGUCGAAGAGCCCAUUGCCCCAAUAAUAAGAACAAUAAGCACUUUCAUUGUACCAGAUCAAAGUGCGAUUAUAGUUUUAUUAGACCGGCUACAAUGAGUCAUCAUAGUCAAAAGCAUGAAAUUCACGAGGCAAUAGAGGCUAAGAAAGCUGUGAUUUGCGAACAAUUGCAAUCGGCUGUUAUUAACGUCGAUAAAGAUAAUAAAUUGGCCAGUGAAACACCAGCUAAGCAUUCUUGGGAAUCUUUAAAAGUUUCUAUGCAAUAUACAAGCGAUAGAGGUUGCGGUAAACCAUUUUGUAAAAUGAAGAGAAAACUACACUUUCAUUGUUCAUACUGUUCUCAGACGUAUAGUGAAGAAGAGAAAUUAAAAGUUCAUGUGGUUGAUAAACACAACGUGCCAAUCAACGAUAAUACACAAACAACUAUGGUUAAAAACAAUAACAAUAACAAUUAUCAUACAAACAACAACGAUAAGAACGCUUACAACAACAACAGCCAUGUUAAUAAUUUUAGUAAUAGUAAUGAUGCAGCUGCUAAAGUGGGCAUUGCUACUAAGAGAAAGGCGAAUAGUAGUAAUAAUAAUAACAAUAAUAAUAGCUAUAACAAUCACAACACCAACAGUAGCAACAAUAAUAAUAACAACAACAACACCAGCCAUAACGAAAAUAAGACUUUGAAGUUCAUUAAAGAAGAGAUUAGCGAAGAGGCUUUGGAUUUAUCUAUUGCCUCUAAAAGACCUAAGUUAGAGUUGCCUCCUAGUCAAAACCCCCUUAUAGAAAAAUUAGCCGAAAGGUCAAAUUUAAAAGUAGAAAAGGAUCAAGAAGUAUCCGAAGGCGGUUUUAUUAAAUUUAAAUUCUCGGACGACUGCAGUGUUGAGAAAUGCAGCUAUCGUCUCUCGGGAUCGCAUUAUCACUGUUCAAAACCCGAUUGCCUUUACUCGUUCACCGACAAGGGAAAGGGGGAACAACACUUGCUCAGGCACAAGAAAAUUGAUGAAGUUAUUGGCUCCGACUUUAAGCUCAUACGAUCUCAUCAAAGCUGUCCAGACGAUGAUUGUAACAUAUCUCAAGCUCAUUAUCAUUGUAUACGUUGCAAUUUUAGUUGUACGGACAGAGGUAAAGUUGUUGCUCAUAGAAAUAUUCAUAAAGCAGUUGAUGGAUUUCAAGACGCGGGUUUCGUAAAAGUUAAAGCAGGAGAUCCAUGCGACGAACACGUAAAAGAAAUAAUCAAAUGUACAUAUAGCGGUAAAUGUAUUCAUUUUCAUUGUUUAAAAUGUACAUUUAUAACAUUGAAUAGUACGCAAAUUCGUCAACACUUGGACAAAAGUAACCAUUAGCAUUUUCCAUCGGUUCCUUUCUCUUGAAUGAUAUUCUAUAUCAUUUAUUUCCACAAGUUUUAAGUUAUUGGGUAAUUUUGUAUCUCGUAUAUUCUCAUUUACUGUUCGUUUUUCUCUUUCUUCCUUCUCUUAUUCCUCCUCCUCCUCCACUCAUCCGUACUCUGACUGUUCCACUUCUUCAUGUAUCUUCUUCUUCCAUCCAUCCAAAAAGUGUUCAUUUGUCAGUCUAAGAAAGCAUAGAGAGUAUUCCUUUUUUUAGCCAAUUUUUAAUAUUAUAAACAUAAUGUCUCCAUAAGGACGAGGAAAAGGGUAGAAGUAAUAAAAAUUUAAUGUUUUCCUAUUAGAAAAGAUAAAAGAAGAGAAAAAAAAAUUGAUUUGAAAUAGAAAUUUUUGCUUGGUUUAAUUGUAAAAAAAGGAAUAUAAAAAAUUUUUCCAAGGGAAUAUAAGGGUAAUUAGUUAAAAAAUCGUAAGCGUACCUGUUCUUUUAUAAACGUACAAAAUUAGAAUAUAUACUUUCUAUAACAUAAAAAGUAUAUAUGCAGUAUAUAUGAUGUAAAUGUUUUGCAAUAUAUAUAUAUGUAUAUAUGUUCGUAUAUAUACUAAUAUAUCUUAUGUUGUACGAUAAAUGAAACAAGAGAAAAGUAAAAAAAAUAAAGCACUUAAAAAACAAAGAAGAAAUUAUAAAAAAGAUAAAAAGAAUUCAAUUAUUCAAGUGUGCUUAAACAGUCUAUUCUUUAUAUAUAUAUAAAGAAAAUUGUGAAAUUCAUGUAUAUACAGUAUUUAUCAUAUACAAUGUGUAUUUUGCAUGUAAUAUAUAUGCAGUAUAUACUGUGUUGGCGCCUUAUUUAUUGGAAAUGCUUUUUUUUUUCACUCUAUAUCAUUUACAACUUUGUUUCUAUUAAAGUAAAAUGAAAGAAAUGAAAUUCGUUUAAAAUAUUCAAACAACGUCAGUUCCAGUCAAGUUGUUGAGUCUGUGAGUAAAUACUUUCUCAAGAAUGACCAUUUGAUAAUCACUAUAUAAAUUGCAGUUAAUGCAAUACUUUUUCUUCUGUUUACUGUAUACUAAAUAUAUUCUAUGCAUGUAUUUAGUACAUUUAUAUAUACAUUCAAUUUAUAUUCUAUUUGUUUGUUUGUUUUUUGGACUUUUGGAACAAAACAAUUAAGAGAAAAUUUUUGUUUAUAUUUGUUUGAUGUAAUAAAUACGGCGUCUCUCUCUUUUGUGGAUCAAAUGCUUUGCUGUGAUGCAUUUCAUUCUAUCUAUCUCCAUAUUUUUUCUGAUGCUAUGCAAACAAUUCCAGUUUUUCUUCCUUAUUACUGCUGUCGAUACUUUUUAUAGUUUCUAUUGUGUUUUACCUGGAUGUUAAUAGAUGAUAAAAGUAAAAACAAAAUGAAAAAGCUCAUUUGCAAUCGGCUGUGAUGUGUGUGCAAGUUCAUAAUGAUAAUUUUUUUCCUUCCGGUUUAUUAUAUACAGUAUAUGCAUUAUAGAGUAAAAAAUAAUUCCACUGUACCAUACAGUGUAUAUUGAUACUUGCUAACGUUUUCAUUUACAGCAUAUAGCAACAUAUAUAUAUACUUGUAUAUAUCUGUUUAUACACUGUUAACUUUCUCUCUCCCUGUCUCUCUCUUUCCAUUGGAAAAGAAGAGAAGAACAGUGAGAACAGAAACGAAACUUAGAAAGUAAUAAUGAUAACAGAAACAUAUUUUGUCAUUUUUUUUUUCAAAGUUAAGAUAAAAUUUUUGUUAACAAGCUUUUCUUGUUUGUUUAUUUGUUUGUUUUUCUCUAUUUCUUUUCUUGAACCAAUCAGCUUUUUUAUUCAUUUUAUUAAUAAAUUAUUAUUGCAAUUAAUUUAUUAUUAUUUCUUAUUCUUCUGCUACUUGUAGUCUCCAUAUAUACUGUACUUU